AUGAAGUCGAUCGCCGCCGUCGCGCUCUCCUCCGCGCACCUCACCGUCCCGCAGAUCAUGGCCGCGGGGCUCGCGGUCGCCGCCGUCCUGCUCGUCCUCGGCGCCACGGGCCUCAUGACGUGCAUCUACCGCCUCCUCCCGCUCCCCGUCGUGCGCGGCGUCCAGCUCUCGCAGGGGCUCUCCUUCACCUUCACCGCCGUCAAGUACGUCCGCUACGUCCAGGACUUCUCGCGCUCCUCCUCCGCCUCCACCUCCGCGGCGCGCCCGCUCCUCGGCCUCGACGGUCUGGUCCUCGCGCUCGCCGCGCUGCUCUUCAUCAUCCUCGCCACCGGCUCCGGCGACGACGAGGACGUCGUCGCCAGCGACGACGGCACGGUCAUCCGUCGCCGCCGCCGCUCCUGCAGCCGCGUCCCGGCGGCGCUCAUCGUGUUCGCGCUCGGGCUCGUGCUCUGCUUCGUACGUGACCCGUCUAUUCUGCGAGGCCUUCGCUUCGGCCCGGCGCCUCUGCGGCUCGUCAGGAUCACCUGGGACGAUUUCAAGAUCGGGUUCUGGGAAGGUGCCGUGCCGCAGCUCCCGCUGUCCGUGUUCAACUCGGUCAUCGCGGUGUGCAAGCUCUCGUCGGAUCUGUUCCCCGAUCGCGCCGAGCUCUCCCCGGCGCGGGUGUCGGUGAGCGUCGGCCUCAUGAACUUCGUCGGCUGCUGGUUCGGCGCCAUGCCGUGCUGCCACGGCGCUGGCGGGCUGGCGGGGCAGUACCGGUUCGGCGGCCGGAGCGGCGCGUCCGUGGUGUUCCUGGCCAUCGGUAAGCUGGCGCUCGGGCUCGUGUUCGGGAACUCGUUCGUAACGAUCCUCGGGCAGUUCCCAAUCGGGAUACUGGGCGUCAUGCUGCUCUUCUCCGGGAUCGAGCUCGCCAUGGCGUCGCGCGACAUGGGUACCAAGGAGGAGUCCUUCGUCAUGCUUAUCUGCGCCGGCGUCUCGCUCACGGGCUCCAGCGCCGCGCUGGGGUUCAUCUCCGGGAUUGUUUUGUACCUGCUGCUGCGCGUCAGGGACGUGGACUACCGAGCACUAUUCGGCCGUUGGGGCUCUGGCCGGCGGCAAACUUAA